CGUCCCACCAAGCCCGAGAAGAGCCAAGACGCGAACCGGACUCGCAGCCUCCGAUCUUACGCGAACAUCCAUCCCUUAUCCGCCACCGAACAAGAAAAAUGACGAGCACGUCGAACCCACCUAAGCCGAUCCGUGUGUGGAUUACCCCUCCGGGGCCCAACUCGUGGAAGACCGUCUUCGUGCUCGAGGAGCUCGGGAUCAACUACGAGUUCAAGUCGUUCCGGUUCGACGACGUCAAGAAGCGGCCCUUCAUCGACGUCAACCCCAACGGGCGGGUGCCGGCGAUCGAGGACCCCAACACGGGCGUCACGCUGUGGGAGUCGGGCGCCAUCAACCAGUACCUGGUCGAGGUGUACGAUACGGAGAAGCGGCUCACCCACGAGGGGCUCAAGGAGCGCCACCUCUGCAACCAGUGGCUGCAGUUCCAGAUGAGCGGCCAGGGCCCCUACUACGGCCAGGCCGGCUGGUUCCAGCACCUGCACCCGGAGAAGAUCCCGUCGGCGGUCGAGCGCUACACCAAGGAGAUCCGCCGCGUGCUGACGGUGCUCGAGGGCGUGCUGGCCGCCCAGCCCGCCGACGCGCAGUGGCUGGUCGGCGGCAAGAUGACGUACGCCGACAUGGCGUUCGCCCCGUGGGACUUCCGCCUGAGCGAGGUGCUGAUGCAGUCGUGGGACGAGGUCUGGGAGGGCCUGCCGCACGUCCGCGCCUGGCACGAGCGCAUGGUCGGCCUGCCGUCGUGGAAGCGCGCCAUGGAGCACCGCGCCCGUCUGAUGGACGAGCAGGGCCUGCAGUGGAACGGCGUGCCCAAGGGUAUCGAGACGUUUACUGAGUAUGAGGAGAAGAUUGCCAAGGGAGAGACUUAGCUUGGUGCCGUAUUGAGGUGCUGAUGUUGGAGGCAGAGCUGGUAUUGGUUGAUUAUUAUUAGUGAUGGAUGGGAUAGAGAGUACGUAG